AUGACUAGUACGAAGAACAACCACAACGAGCAGGAAUCAAACGGCUCUGAUCAAAAUCAGAACACGAAGUUACGCCUCGAAGAUGCUGAUGAAUCAAUGUGCGACGCCGAUGCCGCUGAUGACAUAACCAGCGCCGAUUACUACUUCGAUUCUUACUCACAUUUUGGUAUUCAUGAAGAAAUGCUAAAGGAUAUAGUGAGGACAAAGAGCUAUCAAGAUGUUAUUUACAAGAACAAGUAUCUCAUCAAGGACAAAAUCGUUCUUGAUGUCGGAGCUGGAACAGGAAUCUUGUCUCUGUUCUGUGCUAAAGCAGGAGCAGCUCAUGUAUACGCAGUCGAGUGUUCUCAAAUGGCUGACACAGCAAAGGAGAUUGUUAAGUCGAAUGGACUUUCUGAUGUUAUAACGGUCUUGAAAGGCAAGAUUGAGGAAAUCGAGCUUCCUGUUCCUAAAGUGGAUGUGAUCAUCUCUGAAUGGAUGGGUUACUUUUUGGUUUAUGAGAAUAUGCUUGACACCGUCUUGUAUGCUCGCAAUAAAUGGCUUGUUGAUGGUGGAAUUGUUCUACCGGAUAAAGCUUCGCUGUAUCUUACAGCCAUAGAGGAUGCUCAUUACAAAGAAGACAAAGUAGAAUUUUGGAACAAUGUGUAUGGGUUUGACAUGUCUUGCAUCAAGAGAAGAGCAAUUACGGAACCUCUUGUAGACACUGUGGACGGAAACCAAAUCGUUACUGAUAGCAAGCUGCUAAAGACCAUGGAUAUCUCUAAGAUGGCUUCUGAAGAUGCGUCCUUCACAGCUCCAUUUCAGCUUGUCGCGAAACGGAAUGACCAAAUCCAUGCCCUUGUAGCCUACUUUGAUGUAUCAUUCACCAUGUGCCACAAGAUGAUUGGUUUCUCAACAGGACCAAAGUCUAGGGCUACGCACUGGAAACAAACGGUGCUGUACCUUGAAGAUGUGUUGACGAUAUGCGAGGGUGAAAUGAUCACAGGAAGCAUGAGCAUUGCACCUAACAAGAAGAAUCCAAGAGAUGUUGAUAUAAAGCUCAGUUAUUCUUUGAAUGGCCAGCAUUGCAAGAUCUCAAGGACCCAACUCUACCGAAUGCGGUAA